AAAUCAACAAUCAGUGUUCCACUGAGCAGCUGUAUUAUCUGAACCAUAAUCAUAUACGAAUGACAAUUCCGCUUAUGCGCUCCGUUUUAGGGGUAAUUUUAAGCGCAUCUCAAGCCGCGCGUCACUCCCUGGCGGCGACUCUCUCCUCAGAUUUUGGCGUAUUAAUUGCGAGAUGACAUCAUACGACUGUGAUUAUUUUUAUGCUCUGCUCCGCCUAACACACAUUAGAGCCAAAAUGGCAACCAACGCACUCCGGUUUCGUCAGUUGCGCCCACUUGAUGUCUGUGGCGUCGCCGGUUAAAUUCAAAAAUUUGCAGGACCUGCAGGCUAGUGACGGCCAGACUUGGGCCUGUGUGUACCAACUUGGCCAGAAUCGGAAGCUGGGAAGAGAUGAUCCAGACUCCCACCAAAUGGAGAUGAAAGGCUGAAAAUAAGAAGCGAGCAUUACCCGUCUGUUACAGAGUGGUGCUGAUUUGCUCGGCCAUGGCUGACGCCGACGUAGCCUUGCCCCCGGCCCAGAUGGAGGAGCUUCAGCUGAGCCCAACAUCCUCCUCUGCCUCAUCCUCCUCCUGUCCUUCCUCACCCUCCACCUCCUCAACAUCCUCCUCCUGCCCUGGCCACCAGCAUAUCCGGUGGGCCAGUCCCAUCAGCAGCAGCAGUAGCUCUGGAAGCUUGAGAGGCAGCAGCCCCUACUUGGAUGUGAUCACGGAGGGCCUGGCGGAUCCGGAGCUGCUAAUAGACCCCGAGGUGGCCAGGGUGGCCUGCCAGGAGGUCUUGCAGAAGGCUCAGCAGCUGCAGGGUGACGGCGAGCCAGGGAACAGCUCCAGGGGGCAGGGAGUCAUCAACGGGGGCUGCAUAGCCGACCCGCCGGAGGUCAGGAGUAUCCUGAACCUUGAGAUCUGCACGGAGCAGGAGGAGGAUGAGGAGGACAGAGGGGUGCUGUUCCGGAGGGAGCCAAACGGCGCCGCCAAGCAGUCCUGGCUCCUGCGGCUGUUUGAGUCCAAGCUCUUCGAUGUCUCCAUGGCCAUCUCCUACCUGUACAACUCUAAGGAGCCCGGCGUGCAGGCCUAUAUUGGCAAUCGACUCUUCAGCUUCCGCCACGAAGAGGUGGACUUCUACCUGCCGCAGCUGCUCAACAUGUACGUGCACAUGGAUGCGGAGGUGGGGGGAGCCAUCCGGCCCUACGUGCUGCACCGUUGCCGGCAGGGCGUGGCCUUCUCGCUGCUCUGUGCCUGGCUGCUGGGAGCCCUCUCCUCCGACAUGCACAUCUCUGCGCAGCGACACUCCCGGGGCGCCCGCCUGCGGCGCCUCAUCCUGUCAGAUGGCCUCGGGCCCGCUGAGCUGCGAGACUCAUCCGGCAAAGCCUGCUCCUCGCCGUCCCGCCGCAUGCACCAGCGCUCCAAAUCGGAUGCGACGCUCAGCAGCCUGGAGAAGACGGGCAAUGGCAAGGUGGAGGGCAGCCUGGAAGAGCCCGCCCGCCUGACUCCCCAGCGAGAUUUCUUCAAGUCCCUGAUGGGCAUCGGCAAGCGGCUGGCCACGCUGCCCACCAAGGAGCAGAAGACCCAACGGCUGGUGUCCGAGCUGUCGCUGCUCAACCACAAGCUGCCGGCGCGGGUCUGGCUGCCCACGGCGGCCUUCGACCACCACGUGCUGCGGGUGCCGCCCAACCAGGCCGUGGUGCUCAACUCCAAGGAUAAGGCGCCGUACCUGAUCUACGUGGAGGUGCUGGAGUGCGAGAACCUGGAGACGUCCUGUGUGCCAGAGCGCAUUCCGGAGACGCGUAUUCGCUGCACGCGCUCGGAGGAGAGCCUGUCUGACUGCGUGGCUGCAGGGGAGCAGCGAACCGGAAGCUUCUCCACCGUGCCCAACUAUGACAACGACGACGAGGCCUGGUCCGUCGACGACAUCGGCGAGCUGCAGGUGGAGCUCCCGGAGAUCCACACCAACAGCUGUGACAACAUCUCGCAGUUCUCUGUGGACAGUAUCACCAGUCAGGAGAGCAAAGAGCCGAUCUUCAUCGCCGCUGGGGAUAUCAGGAGGCGCCUGUCGGAACAGCUGGCCCACACACCCACCUCAUUUAGGAGAGACCCAGAGGAUCCCUCCGCCGUGGCCCUCAAAGAACCUUGGCAGGAGAAAGUCCGGCGAAUACGCGAGGGCUCCCCCUAUGGGCACCUCCCCAACUGGCGCUUGCUCUCAGUUAUCGUCAAGUGUGGGGAUGACCUUCGUCAGGAACUUCUGGCCUAUCAGGUGCUGAGCCAGCUAAAGUCGAUCUGGGAGCAGGAGCGAGUCCCUCUGUGGAUCAAGCCCUACAAGAUCCUGGUGAUCUCCUCGGACAGCGGCAUGAUCGAGCCGGUGGUGAACGCCGUGUCGCUGCACCAGGUGAAGAAGCAGAGCCAGCUGUCGCUGCUGGAUUACUUCCUGCAGGAGCAUGGCAGCUACACGACCGAGGCCUUCCUCAGCGCGCAGCGCAACUUCGUGCAGAGCUGCGCCGGCUACUGCCUCAUCUGCUACCUGCUGCAGGUCAAGGACAGACACAACGGGAACAUCCUCCUGGACGCUGAGGGCCACAUCAUCCACAUCGACUUUGGCUUCAUCCUGUCCAGUUCCCCCCGCAACCUGGGCUUUGAGACGUCUGCGUUCAAGCUCACCAGCGAAUUCGUGGAUGUUAUGGGAGGCUUGGAUGGCGACAUGUUUAAUUACUACAAGAUGCUGAUGCUGCAGGGCCUGGUCGCCGCACGCAAGCACAUGGAGAAGGUGGUCCAGAUUGUGGAGAUCAUGCAGCAAGGCUCUCAGCUGCCCUGCUUCCACGGCUCCAGCACCAUCCGGAACCUGAAGGAGCGCUUCCACAUGAACCUAACAGAGGAACAGCUGCAGGUGCUGGUCGAGCAGAUGGUGGACGGCUCCAUGCGCUCGCUCACCACCAAGCUGUACGACGGCUUCCAGUAUCUCACCAACGGCAUCAUGUGAAAGGGCACAUCACACAUGCAUCUUUCUGGGGGGGGGCACAGACUCCUAGUAGACUCCACUUGAGCUUGUGAAAUGCCCUCUGCCUUGAGUGUGAUCCGGGGGAGGAUGUUGCUUUACCACUUCUGCAGUUGCCCUGCUCCCUGUGCGUCCUCAAGAGCGUCUUUUUGCACAUCUGCCUUUUGAACUGGCCUGGAUACAUGAGCCUCCAGUCUCCUGUUUUACUUGUACUUGCAAAGCCACAGUUUCCGUCCCGACCCAUCGUGUUGAGAUCAUGUCUUUGAAGGGGAGAAACACUGUGGUGAUGCAGGUCGGAUAUAUUUUACCAAUCCAUUCUUCCUUGUCUUUAGCAAGCUCCAGAGUUUUUAUUUUUUUAUUUUACAGUCACCCCUCACUUACUUUCUUAGCCUGAAAGAAAGCUUCCUGGUUCCGUGGUUUGGGGGUGUGACUGGGGGUUUUCACAAAGGUGACGACACCCCUUUCCUGGAUAAGGAACUCCAGCAAAUACACAAGGAACCAAAAAGAGCAGCACAGCCCCCUAGUCUCUGGUUGCCAAAUGUUUUAUAAAAUGUCCAUCAUGUAAAAUAACGGGCCUCUAUGAUGGUUCGUCAGUGGAUCGGCAUAAACUGUGACAUCAGACAGUUAAGACCAUUAGCCCUGCUGUUGGUGUCAUGCAGAGGUGGAGAUUUCAAACCCAGAGAAUACAAAUCCAGACCAAGCUUUUGUUUCAACCAACCAGUUGAGCAUAACAAGUCACCGUCAGUACUCAGCUGGUUGGUUGAAACAAAAUCUUGGUCUGGAUUUAUUCUCUCUGGACCUGAAAUCUCCACCUCUGGUGUCAAGGUAUUUUUUUUUUUCUAAAAUACAACAGAAUUGAACAACUAAAGCAACUGUUAUGGAAUUCAGAAAAUACAAUACACGAUGAAGCAAAAACGUAAAUGUAGGUUUUUUAGAUUAUUUGCCAGCUGUCAAAAGCCCAAACUCUAGUCCAGUGCUUUCCAACUCGGUCUUCGUGCCAGACAGUCCACAUCUGUGCUUCCUCCCAGGCAGGGAGCAAAAGUGUGGACUGUCUGCGGUCCUUAUGGACCAGAUCAGGAAACACUGCUGCAGUACAUAUUUAAGUUAAGCCCAUUUGCAGAGAACCAAACAUGCAGUCCCAUACAAUAAUUGGUGAUUUGUGUACGCCUACAUUUGUUGUAUUUGUGUGCCUUAGCUAAAAUUCCUGCUUCAAUAGUUAGCAUGUGUUACGAAUCUCCAUCUUUUUAUAGACACUUCGGGAGAGACUGCCCACUAAUCCUGAAGCACAGCGCAUUUUCUGCUGCUGCUGCUAGGCCAGUUCCACUUUCGCCAUGGCUUUUGAUGCCCAGUGAUUUCAUUCGCCUCUCUGACUGUUGCAGAACAGUGGGUCAUUUUUAUUGCCAUUCUAUUAUGGCCUGAGCUGUUCAAACUGAUGCCCUAAAACCACUUUAUAUAACAUUCAGUAGAUGAGUAAAUGUGAUUCAUUGUCAAGAGUCUUGAAACUUGAAACCUGAUUUUAGUUUCCUCAUCGAGCCCUGCACUGGAACGCACCCUUUUUCUGUUCCUGUGCCCUGUGACACUCAGCGGCAGCCGUGCGGUUUUUAGAGAAACACUGCCUGGGAGCAGUGGCUGCUUUUAAAGCUACUGAAGAGAUUCAGAAAUCAUUUCAGCCGGAAAUGCUGGCCAGGACAUGAGCGGGACGAGAUGGAACAGAUGAGAAAGGACUGAAGUGCACGGUGGUCUGUUGUUUUGUCUCCAUGGUGACUGAGAGCUUGUUUUUGUCUUUGAUGUACCUCCUGUGACCCAUCUGUCCACUUUGUCCCUCUGAAAUCUGAAUAUCUAAAUAUGUCUGUAAAUAUGUGUAUAUAAAGUAAUUUUUGAGUAUGAAAUGGGAUAUUGAAAGUGGAUCAUGUGAUGCUGAAACCACUAAAAUGAGAGAUUUUUUAAGUGACACUAGUACUUGAAUGGCACAACCGUUGUAGCUGUAGUUUUCAAGAAAAGCUAAACCUGGCAACUACCCCGAGUGGAGAUUCCAUUUGAAGCAAAUAGACCAUUUCAACUGGUCUGAACUCAAAAUAAACCAGACUACGUUAGAUAAGUAAACUUACUGGUAACUUUGCUGGUACUGUGCAGUUACAAUUUCUCAUACUAAUCAAAACUCUGAGCUGUCCAGAAGCAAGUUGGGAUCCAGUUGAAAUCCCUCCUGCGCUUUUCCACCAGGUGCCCUGAGCGGCCUGUGCACCUUGUGGCUUUUUGAUGAGGUGCUGUCACUACACACUCCUGGGGUUUCCGUUUUAUUGUAUGGACUUUGUGGUGUUUCUGUAGCAUUAAAUAACAAUCAUGCUCACGUUCCACCUUGUGGCUAGAUGUGGGCCUGCAUCACAUUCCCAAAUGCUCCCUUGUUUUCCGACAAAGGGUGGUAUCGUGCCUGUUUUAAGAUAAAUGGAAGAAUAAAGAUAGGGUCUAUGACAUAAUUUAAGGUGGGACUAGAGCUGUGGGAUUAUAUGUUUGAUGGGCGUCUGAGUUGUGAAGAGUCUAACAAGGAACAAGGACAGUGUUAUGCAUUUAUUUUGCAUUAAAUAUUUAUUACAUUUUAUAGUGGCUUUAAAUGCUUUUUAUUUGCUGGUGGCAGUGUGUAUGUCACUAUAUCUUCCUCUGUCAGGCAGAGUGAUAGAGUCGAGGUGCCUUGCCAGUCAAACUCUUUAAUUCUACAAUGUUCUGUCUAAUUACGUCAAGGGAAGCUGGUGCUUGUUUAGCACACUAAGGGCAAGGGGGCUCCUACAAGUGCAGCUUCGACAUGGGUGGGGGUCUUCAGUGUGGAAUGCGUUACACCAGGGGUGCCCAAACUGACCUGGACAUCACCAAAUACAGUUUUCUUCUGGUAUCGCUAGGAAGGGCCUGCUUCCUUAAGAAAAUGGCUUGGCCAUUAAUGUUUGUCAGUUAAGACAGACAUUGUCUUACAGGACUAACAAUCAUGUCUGAACAUUUUACUUGAGGAGAUUUAAAGGAGAUAUGUUAUUACCUGUAUCUGGGCUCUCCUGGUUCUGGUUUGUAAACUGAUGAACAAUAUGCAUGUUUUCCUGUAUUUAUCAAACUUUUUACUCUCGGAAAAAACUACUAUUUUUUCAUCUUUCUUUUUAAAUUUCUUUUUCACUGCUUUCGAACUCUAACCAAUGUAUAGGACCAGCUCUUAUGAUCAUGUGAAUGACCUCUUGUGAAUGUUUCUUUUUAUAUAAAUAAAUUAAGCUUGUCAUGAACUGUAUCUCCUA